CUGGCCUGCUCACGGGGACAAGAGGCUUGUAUGCCAGUAUCGGUGUCGUUAACGUGAGCCCUGCUGUGUGUGUGAUUAGGUGUCUGCUGUUCUAAUAAAGGAAAGCGCUGCGUCUGUCUCUGCCUCAUAUCACUACCAGGAGUCUCUGUACAGACGUCUUUCUGUUGACUGUCUUACAGGACAGGUGGAGGGAACACCGCCUCUGGAUCAACUGAACAAGAUUGGAUCUGAACAAGUGUCAAUCUCAAGUGUGUGCACUGAACUGCUGUGUAUGUUAGAAUGCAUAUGUAAGAAAGUGUGUACACUCUUGACGUGUGUGUUUGUUUAGCUGAGAGUGUGCGGGUGGAAAUGCUGAAGCCACCAUCAGGGUUAUUUUUGGGUCAGUGACAGCGUGUCAAUGGCUGCAGAUGCAUCGCAAAGGAAGGCUCUGAGAUACCAACAGACCCUGCUCUACGGGGAGUACAGGGAACAACUGGGUAGCUUUGCCAGGCGGGAAGCAACACGGUUGCUGACAGAGAGACAAUGGAGGAAACAGACAGGAGAAAACAACAUGGUCAAUGCCAGACGGGGGCGUGGCCAACGACAUCACAACCCCAUCACCAUGGAGUCAUAUCUCAGCCACACCUCCCCUACAAAGAAGCCCCGCCCCUACUCCAAAUGCCAAGACUGUGUGGCUCGUAUACAGCGGUACAUCGUGACCAAGCUGGGGGAGGACUGGAUCUUCCUGGUGCUGCUGGGCCUCACUAUGGCCCUGGUCAGCUGGAGCAUGGACUACACCAGUGCCAAGAGCUUACAAGCGUAUAAGUGGAUGCACGGGGAGCUGAGGGGGAAUGUCCUGAUCCAGUACCUGGCCUGGGUCGUCUACCCCAUGGUCCUCGUCAUGUUCGCCUCCCUCUUCUGCAACAUAGUCGCCCCUCAGGCCAUAGGUUCUGGUAUUCCUGAGCUGAAGACCAUUCUGCGAGGGGUGGUGUUGAAGGAGUAUCUAACUCUUAAAGCCUUUGUGGCCAAAGUCAUCGGGCUGACCGCCGGCCUGGGCAGUGGCAUGCCCGUGGGGAAAGAGGGUCCCUUCGUCCACAUUGCCAGUAUCUGUGCUGCUGUGCUGAGUAAAAUCAUGUCCAUCUUCUCUGGAGUGUAUGAGAACCCCUGUGGUUACACAGACAUUCUGACAGUGGGCUGUGCCGUGGGGGUGGGCUGCUGUUUCGGCACUCCUCUAGGAGGGGUGUUAUUCAGCAUUGAGGUCACAUCUACCUACUUUGCUGUGAGGAAUUACUGGAGAGGGUAUUUCGCUGCCACCUUCAGUGCCUUCAUAUUCAGGGUGUUGUCUGUGUGGAACAAAGAUGCAGUCACCAUUACAGCUCUUUUCCGGACCAACUUCCGGAUGGAUUUUCCCUUUGACCUGCAGGAGCUCCCAGCCUUCGCUAUCAUUGGAAUCUCCUGUGGGUUCCUGGGGGCCUUCUUUGUCUACCUGAACAGACAGGUGGUUCUAGUGAUGAGGAGACAGACGGCUCUCACACGCUUUCUGACCAAGCAUCGGUUAAUCUACCCAGGUGCAGUGACGUUUGUCAUCGCCACCCUGACCUUUCCUCCUGGAUUCGGCCAGUUCAUGGCUGGAGAGCUGAUGCCUAGAGAAUGUAUUAACUCUCUGUUUGAUAACUUCACCUGGACCAAACUGUCUGCCACCGCCCUUCCCCCUGGACUGGGGCGCUCCUCAGCCUGGCUGCACCCCGACGUCAGUGUCUUCCUCAUCCUCCUCCUCUUCUUCGUGAUGAAGUUCUGGAUGUCUGCUGUUUCCACGACAAUGCCCAUCCCGUCUGGAGCCUUCAUGCCAGUGUUCAUACUGGGGGCAGCAUUUGGGCGUCUGGUAGGGGAGAUCAUGGCCACUCUCUUCCCAAACGGUAUCCUGUUUGAUGGGAUAGUUUAUCGCAUCCUCCCCGGGGGCUAUGCUGUCAUUGGUGCUGCGGCCCUGACCGGGGCAGUAACCCACACGGUGUCCACGGCUGUGAUCUGUUUUGAGCUGACAGGCCAGAUCUCCCACAUCCUGCCCAUGAUGGUGGCGGUGAUCCUGGCCAACAUGGUGGCCCAGGGCCUGCAGCCCUCCCUCUACGACUCCAUCAUCCAGGUCAAGAAACUGCCAUACCUCCCCGAGCUCAGCCUCGGACACAUCAGUAAGUACAACAUCUUUGUGGAGGACAUGAUGGUGCGGAAGGUAAACUUCCUGUCCUCCCAGUCGACCUAUCGGGAGCUGGGCUAUCUGCUAGACUCCACCUCCCUCAAAACCAUCCCUCUGGUCGACUCCAAAGAGUCUAUGAUCCUAUUAGGGUCUAUCGAGAGGACAGAGCUGCAAGCCAUCUCUGAUUGGUGGCUUUCGGCCGAGAGGCGUGUCUUUGAGAGGGGUCAGGGGUCACCGGGCCAGGGCUGGGAGUCCUUCACUUUCGUAGACGAGGAGGGAGGAGAGACCUCUCCAGUACAAGAUGAACAGAAUAGGCCACUCCCAUCCCCCAAACCACAGGAGUCCUCCACCAAUCACACCAGCUCAGAGAAGCGUUCCCUCCAGUCUGUGAGGGGAAUAUUUCAGCGCCUCUUCUCCUCUUCCUCAACCAGCCAGGCUGAAGCUCAGGAAUCCACCCCACCUCCACUCACCGACACCAUGUCCUCAGAGGAGAUCAAAGCCUGGGAAGAAGAAGAGUUGGAUAAGCCAAUCAGUAUGGAGGAGAUACGGAUUGAUCCCUCCCCCUUUCAGCUGGUGGAGAGAACCUCCCUUCACAAGACCCACACUUUGUUCUCCUUGCUGGGUCUCAGUCAUGCCUAUGUUACCAGCAUUGGAAAACUGGUGGGAGUCGUAGCACUGAAGGAGAGACUGGACAUUGGCAAGUAGUAUAUUCGGGAGCAGUGGGCGAUGUGCCCGUCUACGGAGCCUGACCAGAAGACCGCUCCGUCUGCCCCUUCUGCGGAGCCAUUGUUUUGGGUCGCCUGCUGGGAUCCGAUCCAUUGUCCUGGAUUCUGGAUCAAACAGAGGAUCCACUUUGGGAAAGUCGUAUUCCUGGUCAUAAUGUUGGUAAGUUGACGUUGCGCUUAUAUCCAAUAGUUCCUACAGCUGUAUGUAAUAAGACUUAAGAUUUCCUGGGGCAACAGUGUAAGAAAUAAUACAUAAAAAAAAAAAUACUGCAUAGUUUCCUAAGAACGCAAAGCGAGGCAGCCAUCUCUGUUGGCGCCGGAUGUUUACUUCUGUGUUUUGGGUCGUUGUCCUGUUGCAUCACCCAACUUCUUUGAGCUUCAAUUGGUGGACGGAUAACCUAACAUUCUCCUGUGAAAUGUCUUGAUAAACUUGGAAAUUCAUGUUUCCAUCGAUGAUAGCAACCUGUCCAGGUCCUUGUGCAGCAAAGCAGCCCCAAACAAUGAUGUUCCCUCCACCAUACUUUACAGUUGGGAUGAUGUUUUGAUGUUGGUUUGCUGUGCUUUUUUCUCUCCACACAUAGUCUUGUGUGUUCCUUCCAAACAACUCAACUGUAAUUUCAUCUGUCCACAGAAUAUUUUGCCAGUAGCACUGUGGAACAUCCAGGUGCACUUUGGCAAACUUCAGACUUGCAGCAAUGUUGUUUUACAGUAGUGGCUUCUUCCAUGGUGUCCUCCCAUGAACACCAUUCUUGUUUAGUGUUUUACGUAUUGUAGACUUGUCAACAAAGAUGUUAGCAUGUUCCAGAGAUUUCUGAAUGUUUUUAACUGACGCUUUAGGAUUCUCAUUGAGCAUUCUGUGCUGUGCUCUUGCAGUCAUCUUUGCAGGACGGCCACUCCUAGGGAGAGUAGCAACAGUGCUGAACUUUCUCAAUUUAUAGACAGUUUGUCUUACAGUGGACUGAUGAACAUCAAGGCUUUUAGAGAUAAUAUUGUAUGCCUUUCCAGCUUUAUGCAAGUCAAUAUUUCUUAAUCUUAGGUCUUCUGAGAACUCUUUUGUUCAAGGCAUGGUUCACAUCAGGCAAUGCUUCUUGUGAAUAGCAAACUCAAAUUUUGUGAGUGUUUUUAUAGGCAAGGCAGCUCUAACCAACCCCCUUUCUGAUUUUCUAUAUUUAGAUUUUUUUUAAUACUGAAUGUUAUCAGAUCUUCAACCAAAACAUACUAUUAGAUCAAGGGAACCUGUUACAAAUAACAAAAAAAAUGUUACUUCUUAUUAUGCCUGGUGAAAACGAAACACUGCAUUCCACAGUAAGAACCUCAUACCAACGGUCAGCAUGGUAGUGGUAGUGUGAUGGUUUGGGGAUGCUUUACUGCCUCAGGACCUGAACAACUUGCCUUAAUAGAAGGAUCCAUGAAUUCUGCUCUGUAUCAAAGAAUUCUACAGGAGAAUGUUAGGCCAUCUGUCUGUGAGCUGAAGCUGAAGCUGAAGUGCAGCUGGGUCAUGCAGCAAGACAAUGAUCCAAAACACACAAUCAAGUCUACAUGACAAUGGCUGAAAAGCAACACAUUUGAAGUUUUGAAAUGGCCUAGUCAAAGUCCAGACCUAAUCCUAAUUGAGAUGCAUGGAAGAGUGGGCCAAAAUUCCUCCACAGCGGCGUGAGAGACUGAUCAACAACUACAAGAAGGGUUUGGUUAUAGUCAUCAGCUAAAGUUGGCACAACCAGUUAUUGAGUGUAAGGGGGCAUUUACUUUUUCACACAGGGCCGUUUGGUGUUGCAUAACUUCUAUAUAAAAUAAAUGAAAUAAUUAUGUAAUUGUUCUGUUAUUUGUUCACUCAGGUUCUUUUUGAUCUAAUAUUAGGUUUUGGUUGAAGAUCGGAUAACAUUCAGUAUAAAAAAUUUACAAAAGUAGAGAAAAGGGGGCAAAUCCUUUUUGAUGGCACUGUACCUGUCUAAGAGAAAACAGAGGGUGUUCUUUAAUGGAAGCCUCUCCAUGAUAAUCCUGGUAGAGUAAGGCAUUCCCCAAGGCAGCUGUCUAGGCUCCUUACUUUUUUCCAUCUUUACUAAUGACCUGCCACUGUCUCUGAGUAAAGCCUGUGUAUCUAUGUAUGCUAAUGACUCAACGUUAAACACAUCAACUACCACAGCAAGUGAACUCACUGCAACUCUUAACAAAGAGCAGCAGUCAGUUUUAAAAUGGGUGGCAAGUAAUAAGCUAGUCCUAAAUAUUUCCAAAACUAAAAGCAUUUGGUACAAAUCAUUCACUAAACCCUAAACCUCAACUAAAUAUUUAAAUGAAUAAUGUGGAAAUUGAGAAAGUUGAGGAGACUAAACUGCUUGGAGUAACCCUGGAUUGUAAACUGUCAUGGUCAAAACAUAUGGAUGCAACAUUAGCUAAGAUCUGCUUUCUUGACAUCGCUAUCAACAAAACAAGUCUUACAGGCCCUAGUUUUGUCCCACCUGGACUAAGUGCCACAAAGAAGAACAUAUGCAAAUUACAUUUGGCCCAGAACAGAGCAGCAAGGCUGGCCCUUAAAUGUCCAUGGAGAGCUGACAUCAUUAACAUGCAUGUCAAUCUCUCCUGGCAAAAGUAGAGGAGAGUUUGACUGCAUCACUGCUUGUCUUUGUGAGGGGUAUUGACGUGUUGAAAGCACUGAGCUGUCUGUUCAAAUGACAUGCACACAGCUCAGACACCCAUGCAUACUCCACAAGCCAUGCCACCAGGGGUCUCUUCACAGUUCCCAAGUCCAGAACAGACUCUGGGAAACACACAAUACUACAUAAGGAACAACGUGGCCUGUGAAGAGACACACAUACGCAUAUGCACACACACACAGUUUACACAUGUACAUUGUAAAAUUAUACAUUUUGAAUUGUAGAUAUGUAGUGGUGUAGUAAUGUGUUGUAUGAUGUACUGUCACAUUUUUUUGGUGAUGUAAUUAACCUAAUCUUGUUUGGACCUCAGGAAGAGUAGCUGCUGCCUUGGCAGGAACAAAUGAGGAUCCAUAAUAAAUACACAUACAAAUACAUGGAGCCUGUUCAGUUGGCUGUUGCUUUGCUGUUCUGUUGUACUCGAAUAGUGAGUCACACUAUUACAACUUCAACGGUGUUCGUCUCUGACUUAUCACAGUAAACCUGUAUUAACAUGCUUUGCUUGUGUUAUGACAUGCUAUGUUAACCACUUCUAUUCAUUCUCCUUCCCUUCCUCUCUCACCCACCCUCCAUCUCAAUCUCUAUUUCCCUCCCCUCUUUCUUUAUUUCUCUCUCUCCCCUUCUCCCUUCUCUCUCCCUCCAUUUUCUCUUCUCCCCGUCUAUAUUUAUCUCUCCCCUUUAAUCUUUCUCUCUAUCUUUCCCUCUCUC